ACUGAAUCCAUCAACACAUUCAUACACUUCUCCAUACAACACAAGUAAACUAGAAUUUCCCAAACAAAAUCAAACCAAAAAACAUAAAAAAACCAAUUAUGGGUUACAAAAUCAACUACAUUUUGCUUGCAUCCUUGGCCUUGGCAAUGGUCAUCGGCCUCUCUGAGGGGUUCGAUUUCCAUGAGAAGGAAAUAGAGUCCGAAGAUAGUUUAUGGGACUUAUACGAGAGAUGGCGUAGCCACCAUACAGUAUCGAGGAGCCUCGAUGACAAACAGAAGAAGUUCAAUGUGUUUAAGGCGAAUGUAAAGCAUGUUCAUGCAGUAAAUAAGAUGGAUAAGCCUUACAAGCUUAAGUUGAACAAGUUUGCUGAUAUGACAACCCAUGAGUUUCGGACUCACUUUGCUGGGUCGAAGAUCAGCCACCAUCGGAUGCUCCAUGGCGAGAAGACAAGCACCACCGGAAGUUUCAUGUAUGAAGAUGCUGAUAAUGUCCCUCCUUCCGUUGAUUGGAGGAAGAAGGGUGCUGUUACUCCUAUUAAGAACCAAGGCCAAUGUGGAAGUUGCUGGGCGUUUUCCACAGUCGCAUCAGUUGAGGGUAUAAACCAAAUAAAAACAGGGAAGCUAGUUUCCUUGUCUGAACAAGAGCUUGUUGACUGUGACAACACCCAGAACCAAGGAUGCAACGGCGGUCUCAUGGAUUUGGCAUUCGAUUUUAUCAAGCAAAAGGGUGGACUUACCACUGAAGAAAACUACCCUUACCAAGCUGAAGAUGGUAAAUGUGAUAACUUGAAGUUGAAUGCUCCAAAAGUAUCAAUUGACGGGCAUGAAGACGUACCAGCAAAUGAUGAAGGCGCUUUACUCAAAGCUCUUGCUAACCAACCAAUUGCUGUGGCCAUUGAUGCUGGUAGUCAAGAUAUGCAGUUCUAUUCAGAGGGGGUGUUCAGUGGUGAAUGUGGGACAGAAUUGAAUCAUGGUGUCGCGGCUGUAGGCUAUGGAAGUACCCUUGAUGGUACCAAGUACUGGAUUGUAAAGAAUUCGUGGGGAGAAGAAUGGGGCGAGAAGGGUUACAUAAGGAUGAAGCGUGGUAUCUCUGCUAAAGAGGGAUUGUGUGGGAUUGCGAUGGAGGCCUCGUAUCCUAUUAAGAACUCUUCCAAUAAUCCUUCAUCUUCUGAUGAUGGAUUCUCCGGCAAGGAUGAACUCUAAACCAGUUUCAGACAUGUUUAGUUUCUGCACUUAAUGGCAUUAGUAACUUUAAUUUUACAUUUCAAUUGUUGGCUGCAGUCUAAUAGCCUAUUUUAAAGGCAAUGAAAUAAAAUGCUGAUUAUCAUCAUGA